AUGAUUUGGCAGAUAUUUCAAAAAGAAGGCUGGGUUGCAGUGACCAGUUUGGACGUGGGGGCUCACGGCACUGCCUCUCUACAAGUGGACAUCGUUCCGAGUCAGGGGGAGAUCAGCGUUGGAGAAUCCAAGUUCUUCUUAUGUCAAGUGGCAGGGGAGGCCAAGCACAAGGACAUCUCGUGGUUCUCCCCGAACGGGGAGAGGCUGACGCCGAACCAGCAGCGCAUCUCGGUGGUGCGGAACGAUGACUUCUCCUCCACCCUCACCAUCUACAACGCCAACAUCGACGACGCCGGCAUCUACAAGUGCGUGGUCAGCAGCGCCGACGAGGGCGACUCCGAGGCCACCGUCAACGUCAAGAUCUUCCAAAAGCUGAUGUUCAAGAACGCUCCCACCCCCCAGGAAUUCAAGGAAGGGGACGAUGCUGUGAUCGUGUGUGACGUGGUCAGCUCGCUGCCUCCCACCAUCAUCUGGAAGCACAAAGGCAGGGAUGUCAUCCUAAAAAAAGAUGUGCGGUUCAUAGUCCUGUCCAACAACUACCUGCAGAUCCGGGGCAUCAAGAAGACGGACGAGGGGACGUACAGGUGUGAGGGGAGGAUCUUGGCUCGGGGGGAGAUCAACUUCAAGGACAUCCAGGUCAUUGUGAAUGUACCUCCUUCUGUGCGUGCCAGGCAGAGCACUAUGAAUGCCACUGCCAACCUCAGCCAGUCUGUCACCUUGGCAUGUGAUGCUGAUGGUUUUCCUGAGCCAACCGUGACGUGGACAAAGGAUGGAGAGCCCGUGGAGGAGGCUGAUGAUGAGGAGAAAUACAGCUUCAACUACGACGGCUCGGAGCUGGUCAUCAGGCAGGUGGACAAGAGCGACGAGGCCGAGUACAUCUGCAUCGCUGAGAACAAGGCAGGGGAGGCAGAUGCCACCAUCCACCUCAAAGUCUUCGCAAAACCCAAAAUCACCUAUGUGGAAAACAAAACAGCCAUGGAGCUGGAGGAUCAGAUCACCCUGACCUGCGAGGCCUCUGGGGACCCCAUCCCUUCCAUCACCUGGAGAACCUCCACCCGCAACAUCAGCAACGAGGAGAAGGCUUCGUGGACCCGGCCCGAGAAACAAGAGACCCUGGACGGGCGGAUCAUCGUGCGCAGCCACGCGCGGGUGUCGUCGCUGACGCUGAAGGAGAUCCAGUACACGGACGCGGGGGAGUACGUGUGCACUGCCAGCAACACCAUCGGCCAGGACUCCCAGGCCAUGUACCUGGAAGUGCAGUAUGCCCCCAAGCUCCAGGGCCCCGUGGCUGUGUACACCUGGGAGGGAAACCAAGUGAACAUCACCUGUGAGGUGUUUGCCUACCCCAGUGCUGUCAUCUCCUGGUUCCGGGACGGGCAGCUGCUCCCCAGCUCCAACUACAGCAACAUCAAGAUCUACAACACUCCCUCAGCAAGUUACCUGGAGGUGACCCCAGACUCGGAGAAUGACUUUGGGAACUACAACUGCACUGCCGUGAACCGCAUCGGCCAGGAGUCCUCCGAGUUCAUCCUGGUGCAGGCAGACACUCCGUCCUCCCCGUCCAUCGACAGAGUGGAGCCCUAUUCCAGCACUGCCCAGGUGGAGUUUGAUGAGCCUGAAGCCACUGGUGGGGUUCCCAUCCUCAAGUACAAGGCAGAGUGGAGGGCCCUGGGCGAGGGAGAGUGGCAUUCCAGGUUGUAUGAUGCAAAAGAAGCCAACGUGGAGGGCACCAUCACCAUCACUGGCCUGAAGCCUGAGACCACCUACUCGGUGAGGCUGUCUGCUGUCAACGGCAAGGGCGUGGGGGAGCUCAGCCUGCCCUCCGAGUUCAAGACACAGCCAGUCCGCAUCCCUCACCCACAAGGGGAACCCAGCGCUCCCAAGCUGGAAGGGCACAUAGGAGAGGAUGGGAACUCCAUCAAGGUGAACGUCAUCAAGCAGGACGACGGCGGCUCCCCCAUCAGACACUACCUGAUCAAGUACAAAGCUAAGCAUUCCUCGGAGUGGAAGCCGGAGAUCAGGCUCCCGUCGGGCAGCGACCACGUCAUGCUCAAGUCCCUGGACUGGAACGCCGACUACGAGGUCUAUGUGGUGGCAGAGAACCAGCAGGGCAAGUCCAAACCCGCCCACUACGCCUUCAGGACGUCUGCCCAGCCCACUGUCAUCCCAGCCAGCACCAGCCCCACGGCAGGCCUGGGCACUGCUGCCAUCAUUGGCAUCCUGGUCGUGGUGUUCGUGGCACUGCUGGUGGCCGUGGACGUCACCUGCUACUUCCUCAACAAGUGUGGGCUCCUCAUGUGCAUCGCGGUCAACAUGUGCGGCAAAUCCGGCCCCGGGGCCAAGGGCAAGGACAUGGAGGAGGGAAAAGCUGCCUUCUCGAAAGAUGAGUCCAAGGAGCCCAUCGUGGAGGUGCGGACGGAGGAGGAGCGGACCCCCAACCACGACGGGGGCAAACACACGGAGCCCAACGAGACCACCCCGCUGACAGAGCCAGAGCACCCCGCUGACACCGCAGCCACCGUGGAGGACAUGCUGCCUUCUGUCACCACGGGCACCACUAACUCUGACACUAUCACUGAAACCUUUGCCACUGCUCAGAACAGCCCCACCAGCGAGAGCACCACGCUGACCUCCAGCAUUGCCCCUCCGGCCGCGGCCGCCCCCGACUCCAACGCCGCGUCGCCCGGCCAGGCCACCCCGGCCAAAGGGGCGGCCGCCACCUCGGUGUCGUCACCGCCACCCUCCUCCACCCCCAAAGUGGCCCCUCUCGUUGACCUCAGCGACACCCCGAGCUCUGCUCCGGCCACUAACAGUUUGUCUUCAAGUGUCCUGUCGGGGCAGGGCGCGGUGCUCAGCCCCAGCGCCGCCGCCGAGGCCUCCAAAGCGGCAGCUGGGAACAAGCCGGCUGCCCCCGGCCCCGCGAACCUCACGAGCCCUGCAGCUCCAGCAGAGCCCAAGCAGGAGGCCUCCAGCACCAAGAGCCCCGAGAAGGAGCCUGUGCAGCCCAGCACAGUGAAGAGUCCGACGGAGACGCCCAAGAACCCGAGCAACGUGAAGAGCGAGGCUGCCUCGGGCAGCACCGCCAACCCCUCCCAGAACGAGGACUUAAAAAUGGACGAAGGGACCUUCAAGACACCAGACAUUGAUCUUGCAAAGGAUGUUUUUGCAGCUCUUGGCACUGCUCCUGCCAGUGUGGCUGGGGGGCAAGCUCACGAGCCUGCUCCUUCCACUGCAGACAGCUCUGUACCCGCUGCGCCUGCAAAGACCGAGAAAAUCCCAGUAGAAGACAAAUCCGAAGUGCAGGUGACAGACAGGAAGACCCCUCCAGCAGAAGUGAAGACGGUCCCCAACGAAGCCACACAAACAAAUGAGAACGAGAGCAAAGCAUGA